AUGGUAACAGGAAAUAUGCUGCCUGAUGCUCGAAACGCUAAAGGAGAAGAAGGAAUUAUGUAUCAUGGGGCAACGCGGGACCGAGGGGAAAAGAAGAAAGUAGGUUGGAAGAAGACCAUAAGCACUUCGGAAUCGUCUAAUGAUGUAGAAGAUCGAAGUCCUAACUGGGACAGCGAAACAGGGAAUAUGCUGUCUUAUUUUCUUGGGGACCCCAUGUCUGGAGGUGAAAACUAUGCUUCGGCAAUGGCAGCGCAUCAGAAUCAAAAGAUGGAAUAUGACAUUCCACCAACGCCUGCAACGAGAUACUACUACCAUCACCCAGAUUCAAAGCCAAAGGCUUCAUACGGAGAAAGUAUGUCAUUGAACAAUCCUCUCAUGAGGAUGAAAGUCUCAAAUAGUGCUGAUAAUAGCAUCCAUGCUGGAGAUCAACCAAUGGGGGGUGUACUUUCUCCAAUUUCACCAACGACAAUGUUUGGCCUUGGCCAAGAACCACUUAUGUUACCUCCUCCGCCCAACAGCCACAAUGAAGCCUACAAAAAUCAUAUUAAUUUGCUUCAGAUGCACAAUGUUGCGAAUGAGCAGCAGCGAGUAGAAGAAGCUCAAAAUAUCUCCAGUAUACCGCCACCGCCAAACAGUCAAAACGAAGCUUACAAAAAUCAUAUUGGUUUGUAUCAGAUGAACUCUGCUGCGAAUGCGGGGCAGCGAGUGGCGGAAGCUUCCACACGCGAAGCUCAAAUUACCAAUAUACCUCCACCUCCCGGGAUGUCCAUGCCACAGCCACUACACUACACUGGUGUACCUUCGAUGCAACCAGUCAAUCUUCAAACGGUCGUCAACCCCGCCUUGUACAGUCACGCUGCACUAAUGCAACAGCACGCAUCGUCCGCUGGUGAAUCCGAAGAGAAACGUGCCAAGCGGUUGGAACGAAACAGAGAAUCGGCACGAAGGUCUCGUAGGAAGAAGAAGGAGCGCUUGUCGUCGUUGGAAGAGAAAGUUUCAAAUCUGUACCAGCGAAUUGAAACAGAAAGAAGGAAUCAGAUCAAUUGCAUGGAUGAUGCCUUUGAAGAUGACCUUAAAGAUAGUGUCGCCACCAUGAGAACACUUGUCGGCCACACUGCCGAGCAAGACCAAAAAGCAAAGCUGGGGCAUUUCCUUCAGUCAACAGGGAUGAAUUCAAAAGUUCGACGAUCGGUCCUUGACUUUCAAUAUACCACAUUGAAGCAAACUAUUCUUCCACCUUACCACAAGUUUCUUUUGUGGAUGACGCUGCAUCCCGAUAAGUUUUUUACACAUGCACGAGAAUCGCAUGUCAUUCAAGACACCAAAAAGGUUCGACCACCACCAGGAAAGCUCAGUUCAAAGCAAGUUGGAGAGGAAUUGGCAAAUAUUGACAAGGGAAAAACGUGGAGCCAAUCAGCUCAGGCUGUUGACAAGACGCGGAUGUGGCCAUUGUUUUGCUUUGAGUUGAGUGUCAGCGUUGACCAAGAGGAAAAGAUGCUGCAUACAUUGAAAAAAGUUCGGCAGCUUCAAUUUAUCAAUGAACGCAGGUCACAGAUGGAAAGUGCAACGAAAAUGGCAACCCAUUUAAAGGAGGCAAUGAUGUACCAGAGUCAUGCUGUAUCAGUGCGAAGCGCAAAAACUUUAACUGAUAUUUUGACACCACAGCAGACCUUGAAAUACAAAGAAUGGAUGGGAUCAAAUAGGGAUCGUUGCAAGGCACAUUUUGAAAAUCGAAUGAAGUUGUCCAGAUCAGCUUCUUCACAACCAUCCGACAAGACAUCUUUGUCGGAUGUAUGCAGAAAGCUCGAGAAGAUUGUGAUAUCACAAGAAAUGUCAUGUACUGAUAAUCGACCAUUUCCUAUUUGA